CAACCUACCUCCAGACAUGCACUCACUUCGCAAAUGGGAUCUUGAGACACUUAAGAUAGAGACAUCACAGCUCUUGGACCUCCUCAGAAGGAUUCCGGAUCCCUAACUGAGGUGCUCUACAUCUUUGAAAGGGCUUUCUAUGAACUUUGGCAGACAUUCGAAGGAGGGAACGACCUGGGAGGGGCGCACUUCCUGACUCAGUUGGAUCUGGAACUGAUUAGAGCUGUAAAUAUGUCUUAUGGGCGAACGUGACCAGGUGGAAAGAUGCUUUUUUUGGAGCGUCCACACGUGAUGAGCGAACGUCCUUCGCAUCGGGGACCGGAGAUGGAGCCUCUUCCCGGGGUGAAGAAGGGCAAGGUGGCCAUGAGCUUCCAGAGGAGCUCCACUUCAGACGAUGACUCUGGGUGUGCGCUAGAAGAGUACGCGUGGGUUCCUCCAGGACUCAAACCAGAGCAGGUCCAGAUGUAUUUUUCCUGUCUGCCUGAGGACAAGGUGCCGUACAUCAACAGUUCUGGUGAGAAACACCGUAUCAGACAACUGCUCUACCAGCUGCCGCCUCACGACAAUGAGGUUCGGUACUGCCAAUCUCUAACGGAGGAAGAAAACAGGGAGCUUCACAUGUUUAGCGCCCAGCGGAAGAGAGAGGCACUCGGGAGGGGAACGCCCAAGAUCCUGCCACGAGCACUGCAACAUACUCGCUGCGAAAAUUGUGGAGGUGGCAUCAAUGGAGGGGAAAUGGCAAUCUUUGCCUCAAGGGCUGGACCAAACCCGUGCUGGCACCCCGCUUGCUUUGUGUGCGCCACAUGUCAAGAGCUCCUAGUGGAUUUGAUUUAUUUCUACCAAAACGGUAGGAUCCUCUGUGGAAGACAUCAUGCAGAAAUGAUGAAACCGAGAUGCUCCUCUUGUGACGAGAUCAUAUUCGCAGAUGAGUGCACUGAGGCCGAGGGCCGACACUGGCACAUGAAGCACUUUGCCUGCUUCGAGUGCGGGACGAUGUUAGGAGGGCAACGCUACAUCAUGAAAGACGGCCGGCCCUACUGCUGCUGUUGUUUUGAGUCGCUGUAUGCGGAAUAUUGUGAGGCGUGUGGUGAAAAUAUUGGAGUGGACCAUGCGCAAAUGACCUAUGAAGGUGGACACUGGCACGCUACGGACGAGUGCUUCUGCUGUACUCAGUGUAAGACGUCCUUGCUGGGCUGUCCCUUCCUGCCAAAACAAGGGCGCAUCUACUGUUCCAAGGCCUGCAGCCAAGGUGAAGAUAUUCACGCCUCCGAUUCAUCCGACUCUGCGUUUCAGUCUGCUCGUUCUCGCGAAUCCCGGCGCAGUGUUCGCAUGGGGAAGAGCAGCAGACCCGCUGAACAAUGGAGACAGUCCCAAGUCCUUAACCCCUCCACAGUUGUCUCUGAAGUUGAUGGGAAUAUUGAUGUUACGGGGCAGAAGCUUUCCCAUCUCAGGCUGGAUGAGGAACGGUUUUGGAGAGAUCGAGAGGACCAGGAUGCUGGGGGAGAAGAAGACCCUGAGGAAUGGGCCCAGCAUGAGGACUACAUGACUCAGCUCUUGCUAAAGUUCGGGGACCAGGGAGUGUUGCAACAGAUUCAACAACCAUCCCUAAAAUCUCCCAGUCCUAACAAUGACAGAAACCGUCUGGUGACUGUUUCAGACCCUUGGCUAAAGCCAGAACACCUUGGAAUCACUGCCUCUUCACCUACUCCAACUAGUCCCACCCAGAGCCAAACUUCCAACCAGUCCCGAGCCAGCCUUAGCCCUGGACUGAUGAGCAAGAAACAUCUUCCUGAGAUGUACUGGGCCCAAUCUCAGGACGGGUUGGGUGACUCCGCGUACGGAAGUCAUCCAGGACCUGCCAGUGCCAGAAAGAUCCAGGAGCUAGAAAUGGAUCAAGAUCAGGACCAAAUGGGUGCAGGCAAACAUGACACUCUAUGGCCGGAGAACAGACAGUGGUACCAAGAUACUCUGGAAUGCAUUGCAGAUGAGCUCAGGAAGGCAGGGCAAAGUAUGGGAGAUUCCAUGGACUCAUUGGCGCUAUCCAACAUCACCGGUGCAUCAGUUGAUGGCGAUGGCAGAGUCUAUUCCCUUCAUGCAAUGCACCAACCUUUAGAAGAAGGUUGCGAGAAAAUGAGCAACAUGGGAACCUUUAAUUCAUCUCACCUUCACCACAGUAACACCUCUCUCAACCUGAACAUGGAGAAGGGAGAGCAACAGACAACACAAGAUGGAGGACUUUUAUCUUUGUACAACCAUUCAGAAUCCCCACCCGCUUUUGUCCACGCGCCGGCUCUGAGGAGGACCAAAUCCCAGUCCAGGCCCCCUCAAAUGGUCAAAUUCACAGAAGACACUGUGGAUAAUGGCUACAACGACGGAUUCGACAUCAAUAUUCGAAAGCAUCCCAUGAGCGAGAGGCCACAGCGCAGGGCUUUUGCACACCGUGACGCUAGCAGGGACAGAAGCCGUCCAUCGAGUCAACACGGGCACAAUGGACAGCGUCCCCACCACGCUCGGCACCACAAGAGCCGCAAAACCCAUUCAGACAUUGCCCUAAACAUGCCGCAAAGACUGUACCGACAUCACCGGCAGAAUCCCGGUGACCCUCGCCAACAACCCUCUCAAAAACAGGCCGACUAUAUGAUUCCAGGCCCAUCCCGAGGAGACUUCCGGGCCGAGCAUUUUAUGGGUCUCUACAAAGAUGAGGACGAGUGGUGUUCCACUUGUUCUUCGUCAUCGGACUCUGAGGAAGAAGGAUAUUUCCUGGGCCAGCCUAUCCCGCAGCCCCGAUCCACUGGACGCUUCUAUACAGAGAACUACCCCCGGGUGAUUGCUCUCUCGCCCCAAAGUCACAGCUUAAAACACGGAAAGAGUCACCGAUCCAAAAACUGUAUUAUCUCUUGAGGCUCAGGUUUCAUUAACUCUACACCCUGCAAAACCAGCGUUUUGUCCCGUUACCUAACAGCUUUAGAUGUACGUUUACUCCACUAUGGAAGAAACAAGUUAAAUUUCUUGUGACUUAUUUUUCUACAUCUGCGGGUCACUUCGUGAGUCUAUUAUUGGUCUUCUACGCAUGUGCGACAAUUUUCAGGCCGCAAUUGAAAAUGGUAGUCUGAACGGGCAUGCAGAAAGACUAGAUAUGACCACAAAAAAAAAAAAUUGGUUUUGUGCAUUAAGACCUGCAGUAUGAACCUCGCCUUACAGGUAUAAUAUGUCAAUUAUGCAGACAAAAGUAGAGUUCAAUUGCGUAGAGGUUAAUACUACUCAGGUGGAUAAGGCUGUGUUCAGACUGCAGGCACAUCUGAUUCCAAUUGGAUUCCUCCUCAAAUCCGAUUUUUAGGGCGGACUGUUCACACUAUUUUUUAGCAAGUGUCCAAAAUCAGAUCUGGGCCUGUUCAGACAAUUAAAUAGCAUCCUGUCCAUAUCUGAUAAGAAACUACCUCCCGUAUAUGGUUUCAGAUCAGAUUUCUGUGCUUUGACACUGUUCACACUACAAAAGAGCCAUCUAGAAUCAAUCUGGAUUGGCUAAAUAUCAGAUUUUUGGCUUCCAGUCUGAAGACUUACCUGAUAAUUUAAUGAAAAGUAGUUCAAAUGUAGUGUAAAUACUAAGUUAAGAUUUGAAUACUGCUUUUGAAAUGUGAUGAACGUGAAAAGUACAAGUUGGAAAUGUAAAUACAGGGGAACCAAAAAGCUUAAGUGCCAUCAAAGUGUCUUUAGUAACACUUACAAUAUGUAUAACAUCUAUAUUGAGUCCAAAUAUUCAUUACACUUGUUGUGUCAUAACCAGUUAUAUGCCUAAAAUUGUUAAGAUGCUUGUAAUAAAAUAUUUUUGCAAUGCACUUGGUU